UCCACUGUUGGUAUUGAUGUUUGCUCUAACUGGCAUUUGUGCUGAGUGUGUGCAUGUGUGGUUCUGCUGGAUGGAUGCUUUUAUGUCUCUCCUCCUCCCCUCCUUCCCUCCCCUCUCUUCUGUAUAUGUGUGUGUGCUUGUGUGUGUGUGUGUGCUUCCUGGAUAUAAAAGCCAGACAGUGACGAGGGAGCUACCCUGCAGAAGAGCUCAGGUUUAGUGAGAGAAAGAGACAGACGAAAACAGAGGACUGCACUCGCCUUCCCCUGGCUGCCCUGCCUGCUCUGUAUAAGCUGUAAUCAUGUCAGCCAACAACCUGCUAAAGAAUCCCAGCGGGGAAGAACAGUUGGACUUCUGGGAGCUGACGGAAAACGGUGGGAGUCAGUGGAAAGUGGAGGACAUGCCGGGAGACUGUGGCCACGACUUCUGCCUCGACGGAGUGACCAAAUACUUUGCAACCUCCUUUGAGCUGUGUCUGAAGAGACAGGUGAUUGACUUGUUAGCGGAGGAUUUCUCUGGCGAACAGCUGGACGCUCAGCCUACCGUCACAGUGGAAGACUGGUACUGCGGGAGAACGGAUUGUGGCUGCACCUACCAAAUGUCUGUGAGUCUGCUGGACGAGAAUCAAGAGGUCAUACAGGAGUUCAAACCUGAGGUGGUGACUCUUGACCCCGACUUUGACGACUGCUCAUGGAAACAGAUAAAACAUACAUUUUCUGACUACGGCUCUGGAUUGCGUUUCAUCACCUUUGAACAUGGAGGACAAGACACCAAGUUCUGGGACGGCUGGUUUGGAGUCCGGGUCACCGGGAGCUCUGUCACUGUCGAGGUCUGAAAGAGAGGAACAACAGAGACAUGAGGAAGGAGGGGACAUAUAUUUAGCAAUAUAACAACUCUAGAGUGGAGUGGAGGUUUCCAGGUUUCAAGAGGACCAUGCUUUGCCUUGUGCACACCUCUGUAUAUCAUAAUGCUGUUCAUGCUGUGGAAACAUAAUGCUGCUAUGAAGACUGUACUAACAAAUCUGUCAAAAACAAAACCCUAUCAUGUUGCCACAGCGGCUUUACUAACUUUGAAAUAUUAAAAUUACUGCUUGCGACACAGUCAUUAAUAUGAUCUGUUAACUACUGGGCCUACCUCUGCACAGUGACUGGUGUUAAACUAAAUGGGGUGUUUGUUGGGUGGAUGUUGUAAGCAAUCAAGUGAUUUAAUGUUCCAGGUAGAAUUAAAAUGAUGAAACAAAAACUACA